GUGAGGGCGACGAAGACGAAAGCGACGAUGGCGAGGGCGAUGAUGACGAGGAUGACGAUGACGAGGGCGACGACGACGACGAUGGUGAUUACUAUUUUGAUGACUAGUAAGUUAAAAUGAGGAGAAAUGUCUGCAGUAUCUCAGCUUACGGUAGUCACAGCGACAAACAUGACGGCUCGAGUUACAACUAUGGAGUCACUGCAAGCGCACAAUAUAUCACGGCUGGCUCAGGACCACCUCCUCCACCGAUGCCUCAGGGCUACGGUCUAGACCCCAACGCUUUCUUUCAAGGUCAACCCCUCUUGAUCUAUGCCAUCAGCAGGGGCGACUCGCAAGCUGCGGAAUCACUUAUCCGUAACGGCGCAUCAAUUGACCAUUUAAGCAUUGAACACUACAACAUCACAGUGCAGUAUUUUUACCAGACCCAGAACCGCUACUUCAUGAACAUGCUGGCGCAGAACAACCCUGCUCGUCACGGAAGAGGUUCUUCGCGCACUAGCGCCCCCUCACUGAGGCCGGGAACGAGGAGCAGUUCUUGCGCAGGGCGGUGGCCGGGUAGGGGAAGUGAAAGGGGCCACAGAUCGGACAGGGGGAGUGGUGGAGCGCGGGGUUCUGACAGGGGAGGUGGAAGACGCCGUCGAUCAGACACGGGGAACGGUAGAGGGCGGAGCUCCGUCAGGGGUGGAAGCGGCCGUGGGGCAGACGCGGGGAAGAGUGGAGCGCGGGGUUCUGUCAGGGGGGAUGGUAGGGGCAGGGGCCCGUUCAGAGGAGGUAGCAUAGGACGGAAUCCGGUCAGGGGGAACGGUAGGCGCGAGCCGCAGUGUUGAUAGGAGAUUCAGGCUUGCGGGUGCGUACAUGAUAUGCUAGCAGUGGUAGUGGGAUUUAGUCAAUGCAAGAGUAUAUCGCGUCAGGAAAAAAAUGUACUUCAUUAGGG